AUGUCUCCACUGUGGCUGCUUCUGGGCCUCCUGGCCUUGACUGGCUCCUCUGAAAGCAGCAAUUGGGGAUGCUACGGAAACAUCCGAACCCUGAACACCCCAGGAGCAUCGUGUGUGAUUGGAAAACGCUAUGGCCUGCCUUACUGCGGAGUCCGUGCCUCUGAAAGGCUGGCUGAAAUAGACAGGCCGCAUCUUCUGAGAUAUCAGCCCACGAUGAGAAUCGUUGGCCGGAAAUACUGUAUGGAUCCUGCAGUGAUCGCUGGUGUUCUGUCAAGGGAGUCUCAGGGUGGCAAUUUUGUGGUCGACAUGGGCAACAUGGGCAACGGAAUUGGGGUGAUACAGGACCCAAACUUCUACCCUCCCACAUCUUGGAAGAGUGAUUCCUGGGUUUCCCAGAAAACUGAGAUUCUGGCAUCUAAGAUCAAAGAAGUCCAGGCUAGGUUUCCAAGCUGGAGCCCUGACCAGUACCUGAGAGGUGGACUCUGUGCCUACAGUAAGGGUCCCAACUUUGUCCGAAGCAACCAGGAUCUAAACUGUGACUUCUGCAAUGAUGUCCUUGCGAGAGCCAAAUACUUCAAGAACCACGGCUUCUAG